GUGUUUUUUUUAAACAGCAUCUUCACCCUGCAAACAGGGAAGGCGGAUUUUUCUGCCACAGGCAGAACAUUUAUGUUGCAUUUAAAACCCCUCGAUUUUUGCAUCAAAAGCAAAACUCACUCCCUCAGCAUCACCGCGUGGCUGCUGGAGCAGGGCAGGGGCUGGGCCAGGGAAGGGGGAGAGUUCAUGUAUCAACCCCAAAACCAGUGGCUGCCCUGUUGGUGCUGUCAAAAACUGGCACAGUUGGAGAAAUCCCUUGUUUCCUUCCACUCUCGUGUUUUCCCAGACCUUGCUGGGAAUUAAUCUGGGGUUCCAGUCACGGGAACUGCUGGCAUGAGGGGAGGGAGGCCCAGCCCCAGCUCCCCAGCAGCGUCCUUGCUCACUGGCUGCUGCCAAAGCACCAUUUCCCUGCGUGCUCAGAGCCUGGUUUCACUUUCAUGUUCAGCUCAGCAGCUGCCGGCGGGGGCUUUGUCUUUGCCAGAAGCAAUUUCGGUUGCUCUUCAUCAGAACAGAGGCUUCUCAAAGAAGAGUCACACAUUCCUGCCUAAAAUAUUUAGGAAAAUGUCUACUCAAUCAGCAAAAGAAAGACCUGAAGGCUUGCAGUUCCCUUUUCUUGAUGAUGAAGAUACCAUCUCCACAGUCAAAGAAUCUAAAACCUUUUUUAUUUUAAGAGGUCUGCCUGGCAGUGGGAAGUCCACCCUGGCCCAGGCUAUUCAAGACAGGUAUAAAGAUGCCUGCAAGGUCAUCUCUGUUGAUAACUAUAAAAUUACACCUUCAAUAAGAAGUACCAUUCCUGAAGAGUACUCAAAGGUGGAUGAGGAUCUAGUUGACUAUUGCAAACGAGAUAUCAGCGUUAUCGUUCUGGAUGACACUCACCAUGAGAGGGAACGACUGGACCAGCUCUUUGACAUUGCUGACAAAUACCGGUACAAAGUCAUCUUCGCUGAGCCCAAAACCCAGUGGAGAAUGGAUUGUUUGCAGCUGAAGGAAAAGAAUCAGUGGAAACUGUCGGUGGAUGAGCUGAAGAAGAUGAAGCCAAGCCUGGAGAAGGAUUUCCUACCCAUGUAUUUUGGGUGGUUUUUGAGCAAAAGAAGUUCAGAGAACCUGAGGAAGGCUGGCCAGGCCUUCUUAGAUGAGCUUGGAAGUCUCAAAGCCUUCAAAAAGGAGAGUAAAUACUUUGCCUCUGCUAUUGAAGAUCCCAAAAUAAAAAUAGACCUCACCAACCACUUCGUGAAGAGGCCGCCUGGGGUCUUACACUGCACCACAAAAUACACCGACUUUGGAAAAGCAGCUGGAGCAGAGGAAUAUGCACAGCAAGAAGCUGUGAAGGUUUCCUACGGCAAAGGCUUCACCUUGUCAAUCUCUGCUCUCUUCAUCACAACAAAAACUGUUGGUGCUCGGGUGGAGCUGAGUGAACAGCAGCUGCUGCUGUGGCCUGGGGACGCCGACAAGAUCCUGCCCAGCGACAACCUCCCCAGGGGCAGCCGCGCUCACAUCACCCUGGGCUGCGCCAACGGGGUGGAAGCAGUCCAGACUGGGCUGGACCUGCUGGAGUUUGUGAAACUGGAAAAGGCAGGGAACAAAGGGGAUCAAGUGGGGGAAAUCGGAGGAGGGAAACUGCUGUACUUUGAUAACGGUAUGUGGAUGCUCAUCCUCUCCAAAAAGAUCGAUGUGAAGGCAAUAUUCUCAGGUUACUAUGGAAAAGGAAAACUGGUGCCAACGCAGAGCACCAACAAACGGGGCUCUGCUUUUAGCUCCUGCACCAUCAUCUAGGGGUGUGGGCAGGGCAGCGUGUUUGUUUUUAAAAGGCAAGUAACUCCUGUAACCUUUAAAAGUGUAAAGAGAAAUAAUUCUACCUGUACUAAAGAAAGCCCCUUUGCCAACCCCAGCGUGCAGCCUCUCUGGGGAGAAGUUAUUGGUCUCAGAACAAGGAAGAAAACAAGCAACUACUGCCUGACAAACUGUCACAAAACUGGUGGCAGUAACUGAAGAGCUGUCGAGUGUAGUUUGAGUUUUGGUGUGCACCAGCCGUGGUGUUCUUGUUUUCUUCCUCAGAGGAAGACCAGCUCUGGUCUCUCCUAACUUCCCUAUGAACCACAAUCGUUAGGUCUUUAUGUGUCAGCACCAUAAGCAGUAGCAGACCAAAGCUUGGAUGUAACUGCUCUGGAGCCAAGUGAGGUGAACUGAGCCAUGUCCCUUCCCUUCUCCCACACCCGAGGGAUGGACAUCAGUCAGCUGUUACAAAAUUAAAGGGAAACUAGUGAAAUUCCAGGAGAGGCAGUUCCAGUUCCUGCAGCCUGGCUCCAGUCAUGUCACCUCACAUGUCACUGUCCAGUGUCCUUGUCCUGUAGGGAAUAAUCCUGCCUUGGCAGGGAGUGGAAGAGAUGAACUAAUGUCUUUUCCAUCUUAUUCUAUAGAAACUAAAAUCAUGUCUGAAGUACAGAACUGUACUUCAUGCAAGAUUUUACUAGUUUUCUCUAAUGCACUUGAAUGUUAAAAGUUAGGAUGACUGUAACAUUGUAAUGUAGGAAGUGAAGGUCCUGUAACUGUGUAACUUAAGUCUGCUCAAACCUAAACCAUUGGCUGGGAAAAGAGCUAAUGAUCAAGCACUCCUGUUAUCAAGUCUGUUUUACUGAAACAUGGUUUUGCUCUUAGCCAGACCCUCGGCCGGUGGACCUGUGGUCACUACUUUACUGUAACACAAGCUCAACUAAUGGAUUCAGGUCAGGACAACAGUUUAAACUCAUGCUAUGGCUCAGUGUCUGGUGAACUGCGUAGUUAAAUUAAUCCUGUAUUAAUAUAUGUAAAUACUUACUGUGUUUGACAAGCACAUGCUGGGUCUGUACAGGAGCAGUGUGUGGGUGCAGCUCCCCAGGAGCAGGAACCCAGCGCUGGGGAGCCCAAAGCAUUUCUCUGGAUGUGAAACAAAAGCCAGGAGGGGUUUGGGGCUGAUCCAGUAAAUGCUCGGCAGGUUUACCAGUAAAGCAAAAUACUUCCUGCUGUUUCAAAGAGAUGGAUGACAAUAAAUUAUCAUUAUAACAAAAAAACCAACAAAACAAAAACUCAGCAGCUUCAGCAGAGGGCAAAUGCCCAGCUCGGGCCUUCCCAACAAACCUGGCAGGAGUUUGUUCCAUCACAACUUUAAAGGCACAUUGAGCAGUGCCAGCCCCCUCCCUCCAGCCCCCAGGGACAGCCCACCGCUCCAGCUCCCACCCAGCACAGACAUGCACAGCUGGAAUAUCCCAUUUGCCUGCUCAAGAACAACAGUGAGACUCUCGUCGUUUCCAUUUUUAUUAGUUUGUACAUCAUAUACAGUUUAUAAUAAAGUAAACCAAUUGCA